AUGGAAUAAACAUCCUAAUCAACUUGGUCCUAAUAAUAAAUCCAGGAAAUUGCAGAUAGAGCAAGAGUAGCAGUAGAUAUUAAAGAUAGGAGGCACAGGUUCAACACCUAUAGCUAAUGUUUCAUCGGCAGAGAACUUGUCAAAUGGUUCUUGGUCAAUGGGCAUGCAAAGACUCAAGUGGAAGCUACUGAACUUGGACAACAAUUAGUAGAGCAUAAUUUGAUCCAACAUGUAUCAGAAGACAAGCCCUUUUAGAACGAGCCUAUCUUUUACAGGUUCACAGCCCAUCUCAAAGACGAGGGAAAUACUACUGAAAAUGAGUCCUGGCAUUCAGUAUUACCUAACCUUAAUGAAGAGAGAAUUGAAGGAAAGGAUCUUGAAAAAAUUGUUGGAGAAUAGACUGAUUUUCAUUAAAAGAAAGAGGGAGGGAUUCCUGAGAUGCUUUUCGAUAUCCAUAAUUGUGAUCUAUUUGAUCAAGUAAGACCAAUAAAAUGGGUUGAUCCUCAACAAAAAAACACAUAUGAUAUGUUGGUAAUAGGUGCAGGAGCAGGUGGUCUUGUAACAGCUGCUGGAUCUAAGGGUGUUGGUGCUAAGGUGGCAAUCAUUGAAAGGCAAUACAUGGGAGGAGAUUGCUUGGUGAAUGGAUGUGUCCCAUCUAAAGCCUUUUUAGCUGCUGCCAAUGUCGCUCACACAGUUAAAAAUUCAUCAGACUUUGGGAUUCAUAUUACUGGAGAUAUUAAGGUUGACUUUGGUAAGGUGAUGGAAAGAAUGAGAAGAAUCAGAGCAGAGAUUUCAGAAAAUGACUCAGCUCAAAGAUUCCAUAAAUUUUUGGGUGUUGAUACAUAUCUUGGAGAAGCUAAAUUCACAGGAAGAAACGAAGUUACCGUUAAUGGAUAAAAGCUUACCUUCCAAAAAUGUGCUAUUGCUACUGGCGGUAGACCAUAUGUUCCCUAAAUUGAAGGACUUGAUUAGAUUCAUUACUUAACUUCUGAAAAUGUCUUCAAUCUUACUCAAUAACCUAAAACAUUGGCUAUUAUUGGAAGUGGCCCUAUUGGUUGUGAACUUGGAUAAGGCUUCUAAAGACUUGGAACAUAAGUUCAUAUUAUUGAAAGAUCAUCAAAGUUCUUACCCAGAGAAGAUCCAGAUGCUGCACUUUUACUAUAGAAAUAGAUGAAGUUAGAUGGAGUUUAGUUUGACUUCUUUGCUAAUCCAACUAAAAUCGAGAUUCUUGAAGACUCAAAGCCUUUUCCUUAAAUCUAAAUCACUAUAGAAUAGCAAGGCUAAGUAAAACAACUUAUCGUUGAGGCUGUAUUAAUUGCUGCUGGGAGAAGACCUAACGUUGAGAAUAUGGGUCUAGAUGUUGCUGGAGUAGACUAUAAUGUUGAAGAUGGAGUGAGAGUUGACAACUUCUUAAAAACUUCAAAUGAUGAUGUGUUUGCAGUUGGAGACUGCUGUUCCAAGUAUUAAUUUACACACAAUUCAGAUACACAUGCAAGAUAUGUUGUGAGAAACGCUCUUUUCUAUGGCUAGAAUGAUAAGUCUCAAAUAAUAUUGCCUUGGUGCACCUAUACAGAGCCUGAAAUAGCUCAUGUUGGAAAAUACGCUAGAGAACUUGAACUAGAAGGAGUUAAGUUUGACACUUACUUCAAAUUUAUGGACAAAUUGGAUAGAGCAUUGUGUGAAGGUAAAUAUGGAACGAUGAAAAUCCAUACUGAAGCAGGUACUGACAAAAUACUUGGCGCUACACUUGUUGGAGGCUCAGCUGGUGAUAUGAUUUCCCAAAUCACUUCUGCUAUGUAUAAUGGAGUUGGACUAUCAAAGAUGGGAGCCUGUGUUUUCCCCUAUCCAACUUAUGCUGAGUCAUUCAAACAUCUUUCAGACUAAUAUAAUAGAAAGAAAUUAGCUCCAGCUGAAAGAAGUCUUGUUCCAGGACUCCUUGAAGUCAAACACAACCAAUGA